AUGGAUACGAAAGACAUACUUCUCACUUUGGAAUCAAUAAAAAAGGCCUGUGGGGCUUUAUGCCGCCAAGAGCAAAGACGGACUCUCUUAUCCAAGGACACUAGACUUUUUUUGGAAUCAGUUUUUGAGAAAAAGAGAUCUCCUAAUUCAAGAGAACGUAAGGCAAUUGCAGACAAAUGCGGGCUGACCAGUGUUCAGGUGAGGGUUUGGUUUGGCAACAGGCGGGGGAGGGGGUGA